GCAAUUCAAUAAGUUUGGUUGCAAACAUAAAUAAAAGAAAUUAACUUGAAAUAAAAAGUAAAAUUUGAAAUAAAAAAAAAUUGAAGUAAAAGUAAAUUAACUAUCAACAAUUUUGAUUAUGCACAACAGGAAUGUCUUUAAAGACUCUCCUCCCGAUUUUAAGAGGUUAAUGUUAGAAUAUCCUGAAUUUGCGCCUUAUGUUCAUAUUGGAAGUUCUGGUAAAGCUUAUGUUAACUUCAAAGAUCCAGCUUCUUUGCGUAGUCUCUCUUUAGUUCUCUUAAAAAAAUACUUUAAUAUCAUCAUUGAUAUCCCAUUAGAUCGUUUGAUUCCCACAAUUCCGCUUAGGCUAAAUUAUAUACAUUGGAUAGAGGAUUUAACUGGAUGUUUGAAUAAAAGUGCAUCUGGCAUUGAUAUUGGAUGUGGAGCCUCUUGCAUUUACCCAUUGCUAGGUAAUAAAAUUAAUAAUUGGAAGUUCAUUGCAACUGAAGUAAAUGUUGAAUCACAUGCUUAUGCGGAAAACAAUGUAAUAAAAAACCUUGCUCAAGAAUAUAUCAAAGUAAUCUUAACUUCGCCAGAAAAAUCUAUUUUUGAUUGCGUAAUGGCUUCAGAAUUUGAUUAUGAUUUCACAAUAUGCAAUCCGCCAUUUUUUUCUGAAAUUAAUGACAAUAUUAUUUCAAAAAAUCGUACUGGUCAUCGUCCACCACCUAUAUCUCAAUCAACAGCAAGUGAUAGUGAAUCUUUCACAGAAGGAGGAGAAGUGGAAUUUGUAAAGAGAAUGAUUGAUGAGAGUUUAUUAUUGAAAAAGAGGAUCAGAUGGUUUACAACAAUGCUUGGCAAAAAAUCAAGUUUAAAGGAAUUAGUUAAAUACAUAAAACAUAAUCAGAUAUCAAAGUUUACAACAACAGAAUUUGUCCAAGGGCGCACGAUGAGAUGGGGUUUAGCAUGGUCUUUUACUGAUUAUUUCCCAGAUACUAUUGUAUAUCUGAAAAAAAAUCAUGCUCGAAAGAAAUGCAAACCUUUUUUUGUUAAACUCUCUAACCAAUUCUAUAAAGACAAUAAUAUACAGCCUGUCGAACACUCCAGUCCUUCAGAAAAUGUUCAAUCAAGCAUGUUGCAAGUUAUAAAAAUUAUUCGUUACCAACUUCACCAACUUCAACUUAUUUUGGAAGACAAUGAAAAUUCUGAGAGUAUAACUAGUUUAAAUAAAGUCCCAUACGAAAUAAAAGGCAAGGCUUUUCAAAAUACCUGGAUUCAUACACGGCAGAAAAAAAGAAAGCUUAAUGAAGGUUUUGACAAAGAUAUUCCUUCAAAAGUGAACCUAGUCAAUGAUGAAUAUGAUAAAAUGUUUUUAUUAACGAACACCUUUGAAAGAAAAAGCGUUGCAGCACCUUUUGUGCUUGAUAAAACGAACAUUCUGACAGAAAACAAUGUUGCACCUACUGUGCUCGAUUUAAGGAACACUGCGCUAGAAAGAAAUGCUCAACCUGCUAUGCUUGAUUUAGAUAUGUUUAAUAAUAGAGCGCAGCAGAUGAAAAAUAGUAAUAACUUUGUACAAAAAACCAUAAUAAUUGAUGGGACUUCAAGUAAAGACGAUUUUAUAUUUUCAAAUUGUUUAACUUUACACUCUGACAAUUCAAAAGAAUUUAAAAACCCUGUAAAGUAUUUUGGAAAUGAUUUUCCUUGUUCAUAUUUAUUCUAUUUUUUAUGUAAAGUUGGUACAACAAGGCAGUUUCACCUGGAUGAUGAAAAUGCAAUCAUAGUUUCUUUUACGUGCCUGGAUGGAAGUCGAGAACAAUUUCAUCAAAUGUUUUUAUAUUUAAAGAACAUUUUAAAAAGUUGUCAAAUAAAAUAUUAAAUGCUAUCAGUAAUAUUUAACCAAUCAUAAUUAA